AUGCAGCUCACAGCAUCUGCCCCCACGCUAGAAGACCAAGCACAACCUGCUGCGCCGACCAAGAUAGUCCUCGCUGGGAAAUUAUUUGAUCCAUACACGCUCGAACUUCUUGAUAAUCAAGCUAUAACGAUAUGCAACGACUCUGGAAUGAUCCUCGAUGUUUCACCAUUGUCAGCAAUCAGUAGUAAUUUUGCAUCUUUUGAUGGGGAAGUAAUAGACCUACGGCACUUGACGGUACUACCAGGUUUCGUCGACACUCACGUUCACUUAUUCUUACAUCCGUACGCGGAGACCUCAUGGGUGGACCAGGUUACCAAAGAGAGCAUCGUCGAGCGCACCAUCAAGGCCACGGUACACGCUAAACGUACCUUGAUGGCAGGCUUCACGGCUGUGCGUGAUCUAGGUACGGAGGGUGCAGGGGACGCAGAUAUUGCGCUACGCAAAUGUUUAUCGAGCCCUGGUGCCCUCAUACCCGGCCCGAGAUAUUUUUGUGUCACGAGGGCAAUUGCACCCACGGGAACGUAUGGUCCAAAGAGUUCCCUCUAUGUAAACAAAGAAGGUAUCGAUGAUGUCACCGGCGUCGAUGUGGCAGAUGGAACUCAAGAGUGUAUCAAGGCCGUCCGGAGGCAGAUUGGCGCGGGGGCUGAUUGGAUCAAGGUGAUCGUCACGUCCCACUACGCCGUUCGAUCACGGGCUUCUGAAGUCUCGCGCAGGGUUGGGGCUGCGUCCAUGGCCACAUUCGAUUACGAUGAGCUGAGGGCAAUGAUUUGCACUGCCCAUGCGUAUGGAGUCAAGGUCGCCGCUCAUGCAACGAAUAGGUCAACCAUUAUACCUCUGAUAAGUCUCGGAGUGGACUCCAUUGAGCACGCAUAUGAUAUGUUCGCUCCUGAUUCAACUGUGGUAGAAAUGUUUGAAGAAUAUGCAGGCCAUAAAACCAAAUAUGUUCCGACCCUCGCGGCAUAUUAUACCAUGACCCAGGGGAAAGGAGAGAUCUGGGAUCGCGCUGCCAAUUCUUUCAAGGCAGCUUUAGAACUAGACUUGGACAAUAUUUCAUGCGGGGGCGAUACCGGGGUUUUCGCUCAUGGGGCCAAUGCGUUGGAGCUCUCGCUCAUGGUUCGUUUGGGUGCUGAUUGGAAGAAGGUGCUAAGAUGGGCGACUUUAGGUGGCUGGGAAGGGUUUAUUGCUGACUUGAUUGCAACACCGGGAAACUUUGCGGCAGAUUUCGAAGGUGCGGUAUCCGCGGAAAGCAUACAGUUUGUCAUGAAGGGUGGCAAAAUCUAUAAACGUGACGGUUUACCUCUUGUGUAA